AUGGUUGAGAAAUUAUUACAAGCCAAUAAUUACCCAAGAAGUGAUUUGAGUAAUAUAAGAACUACAGCUGGUAAUAACAUUUGGACAUGUAGCAGAUUUCCUUACAUAAUAGGUCUUUCACUGAGAACAGGAUCGUUAUUUAGACACACAAAUUGUAAACUGGUAUUUUACAACCUAUUUAAAGUUAAAAAUUUAUACUCCGAGGUGAAGGACAAAUUAAGGAGGAUGACAAAUCGUGUUUGGUAUAUAUAG